AUCCGCUUACGUGAAGUUAAUUAACUAUUGUUCUGACUGAAAAAUCAAUUAAAAAACUCAUUUCGAAGCAAUAAUAUUCAGUGAACGCGCAUGGAUUGCGCGGGAGAAUGCUAGCGUGUAAAGGUUUGGUGUGGCUGGCGGUUCUUGGUUGUGGUGUGUUAGCCGACAUCGAUGCAGAUUAUUUUUACGGGAGAUCAACGCGCGCGGCACCCAAAGAGUUCAGCUGUGAUAAUGAGGUGAUGCAACUCUACUGCGACACGAAAUGCGGCGGGAAUCACGCUUGCCUGUUCGGGAAGUGUUUUUGCUUGCAAUUGGAAGAUGAUCACAAGGAUACCGUACAAAAACCAGCUCCAAAGAAAGAGAAGUUUCUAGACUUCGAUGACUACACAGAGACUCCAUUAAUGCCAGCCAAUACGUACCCCAAACGGCCAGCCCUUCGUCACCACAUAGCCCACUUCUGCCCAAAUCUAGAAGAAGCUAGAAAAUGUAUCAGAUCGUGUAUGAAGCUCGGCAAGCCGGCGUUUUGUGGAAAGGACCACGUCUGUUACUGCGGGCACAAAACUGAAACGCCGAAGGAUGAUGAAGAAGUGGAUGUCAAAAAAAUUUACGCGCAAUUCUAUGAUUUGUACACCAAGUACUUUGGUGCCCGUAGUAAUCAUUACGAUAGUCAUGAAUAUGACUAUGAUCGUCAUUAAAGGGAUGAUGAUUGA